UUAGGCUCGACCGUCACAUGACUUGACUCCAGCUGGUCACGUGCUCCCGGUGCUGUCAUGGCCGAUGCUGAGCACAGUAAAGCUUUUAGCGGAUUGCUGAACGGUAUCGCCCAGAGCAGAUACUAUGGAAACCCGGAGAUAACGGAGGAGCUGCUGAAGAGGGAGCUGUACCCGGAGCUACCGCCCAACGAGUUCACGGCCCUGCACGACAAGAUGCAAGGCAUCAUCAAGUCAAUUGUGUCUGCAGAUAUGGACACAAACCAAAUUGACGCCUUCUUGACGGCACAGACUAAAAAACAAGGAGGAAUCACUGCAGAGCAAUCGCUGGUCAUUGCUAAAUUUUGGAAGAAUCACAAGAAGAAAAUUCGGGAAAGUGUGAUCAACCAGAGCAGAUGGGAAAGCACCCUUAAGAGCCUGAAGUGGAGGAUAGAUGUAAAAUCACAGUCCAGACACGUGGACCAAGUAAACAGCUCCGCUGCCAUUGUAGAGAUGGAGAUUGGAACAAAAGACCAGGUUUCAGAGUUUCUUUGCUUAGAACUCAAUGAAACAAAGAUGAAUGAAGUGCUUAAGAAAUUGUCGGAGGUGGAGGACAGCCUGGCCGCAUUGACUCAGAUCAGCUAACUACCAGGAACAACGUGCUGAAGAUUUUUUUUAUUUUUUGG